GUAAGUCCUUUGCAGGUUGCUGUUUCGGUUCCAGCAGAAUAUUGUUUGUUUUCGCAUCGGGAUCGCACUUUUUAUAUGCAAUUUCUAAAAUACUGGAAUACCUGCGAUAAAGUUUCAGUAGAUUUUGAACGGUGUUGUUUGCUUAUUGCUUAUCGUGAAUGCCGCUGGACUUGUCCAAUGGAAUCCUAAUACCUCUUCGAGUAGUCUUUACAAGAUUCUCUCAAAACGAAAACAGUAUUUCUGCAGACGCCGGAGAACUGUAUGCAUUGCUUUAGGAUGGCUCUCUUUUCUCGACGAGCGUUAGCCUCUGCACGACUUAUUUUACCGGUUAAUUUUGCGUCGUCUCCUAUAAGUUUUCCGUGUGGGAUUCCUCUGCAUUUCCGAUGUAUAUCCGAUGAUAAUCCAAAGGACGGGAGCAACAAGAAAUUCCCCUACUCUAAGAAUGGACGUGUCAGUUUUGUUAACACUUUGGGAGAUCAAAGCAAAAAUCCAUUUAAUCCUAAUCUGUACCCCGAAGAAGUGAAAUACGGUGAUCCUUUGGAGGGAUUGAGUCCCGUUGAAGAAGAUAUUUAUAAAGAUAUUGUCGGGAAAAUAAAUACCCAGAUAUCUGAGGAGAGCUAUGGAAGGCCAUUUGCGGUGAUUCACGUUUCACAGAGACAGUACCGAGUGACGGAAGGAGAUAUCAUCAUGGUCGAGCAUACAUUUCCGUUGGAUGUUGGAGAAAGGAUUAAAUUUGAAAAGGUCCUGGCAGCUGGUUGUGCUGACUUCUCGCUCAUUGGUCGUCCAAUAUUAGACCGAAAUCUGGUGGAUAUCGAGGCUACCUGCAUCGAAAAAUCUCUGGCUUAUCCCAUCAUAAAAUUUCAGCACAUUAAACCUCUUUCUUUGCGAAGGCGGCGCUUUUUCAGAAACCCGGAAACUAUGAUAAGGAUAAACAAGAUUACUUUUAAAAGGAAGCUUAACGAUUUGACGCAUCCGGAUGACGUUGUACAUACGAUUCAUUAAUAUUUUGUCUUUGUUUCGUUGCUGUUGGGCAUUGGCAGUGUUUGAUUGUACUAUUACGGAAAAUCUCUACAUUGUCGUCAGUUUUUAAAGGAGUUUGACCUCUUCGGUUAAUAAAUCGGAAGAAAUGCUACAUAAAAAGGACAAUG